CGGCCCAUAAAGACAUGACAAAAACAAAAUAUUUGUCAUAAACACUCUGGCUGGUCGAUAACGAACACGACGACGACGGCGGCGGCUCGGGAAAUUACAGUUUUGCAGCUCGUCAUCAUCAGGGGAAGGUUGGAUUUGCCCCCGUUACUUCUAGGACCCAUCUUGAACCCAACGCUUCGCCCGUAAGCAGUCGAUCGACGGUUAUCGCCGCAGCUAAUUGAAACUCUCUUAUCGUUUGUAAUCGCCACCGUCGUACCAAAGGUCGUCUCUCCUCGUCAUGUCCCACGGAAAGAAGUUUGGCGACCUGGUCGGUUCCAUCGACGAGGGCACCAGCUCGGCCCGGUUCAUUCUGUUUCGGGCGGAAACCAGCGAGGUCGUGUGUUUUCAUCAGAAGGAACUGCGACAAAUUUACCCUCAGGAGGGGUGGGUUGAACAGGACCCGAAGGAAAUCCUAGCCGUCGUGGAGGAAUGCAUCGAACGGACGGUGGAGAAGCUUUGCGAGCUCGGAGGGCGUGCCGAGGACAUUGUAGCGGUCGGGGUGACGAACCAGCGCGAGACGACCAUUGUGUGGGACAAGAGCACGGGGGAACCGCUGUACAAUGCCAUCGUUUGGCUGGACAUGAGGACGGCGUCUACGGUGGACCAGUUGCUUGAGCAGGUGCCGAACAAGACCCGCAAUAAGAACUAUUUGAAGCCGCUGUGUGGACUUCCAUUGUCGCCGUACUUUUCUGCCGUAAAGUUGCGCUGGCUGAUGGAUAAUGUGCCAAAGGUCAAAGCCGCCAUCAAGGCGGACAACUGCCUGUUCGGCACGGUGGACACCUGGCUCAUCUGGAACCUGACCGGUGGGCCCGAAGGUGGCGCCCACGUCACGGACGUCUCGAACGCGUCCCGCACCAUGCUGAUGAACAUCGAAACCCUGCGGUACGACCCGACCCUGGGCAAGUUCUUCGACAUUCCGUUCAGCGUGCUGCCGGAGAUCCGGUCCAGCUCGGAGCUUUACGGGCGCAUUCGGAUGAGUGCAUUGCGGGACGUUCCGCUGAGUGGCUGUUUGGGCGAUCAACAGGCCGCCCUGGUUGGCCAGGAGUGUUUGAGCCGUGGAAAAGCCAAGGCUACGUAUGGGACGGGCUGUUUCUUGCUUUACAAUACGGGCAAUGUGCCGAUUGAGUCGACGCAUGGACUGAUUACGACGGUGGGCUAUCAGAUGGGACCGGAGGCGGAACCGGUGUACGCGUUGGAGGGAUCGGUUGCCGUGGCGGGGGCGGCUUUGGGGUGGUUACGUGACAAUAUGAACUUGCUGGAGAGUGCCAAGGAGUCGGAAGAGUUGGCCCUUUCGGUGGAGAACAACGGCGAUGUGUACUUUGUGCCGGCGUUCAGUGGUCUGUACGCACCGUACUGGAACCAGGAAGCACGCGGGGUGAUUUGCGGGAUAACGGAGGACACCCAGCGGGGUCACAUUGUGCGGGCUAGCUUGGAGGCUGUUUGCUUUCAGGUGCGGGACAUUUUGGACGCGAUGAACAAGGACUGUGGCUUUCCGCUUGUAAAGCUGAAGGUCGACGGUGGCAUGACGAUCAACUCGCUGCUGAUGCAGUGGCAGUCGGAUUUGAUUGGGCUGGAGGUGCAGCGGCCGGUCGUUGUGGAAACUACGGCGUUGGGUGCGGCGAUGGCCGCGGGUCGUGCCGUGGGCUGCUGGGACAUUGAGAACGUCAGCGUCGAGAGCAACUGCACCUCAUUCAGGCCGCAAAUUACGGAAGACGAGCGCGACAUGCGGUACAGCAAGUGGAAGAUGGCCAUCGAGCGGUCCUUUGGUUGGGAGGGAAACAGCAUGAUUUAAGGCAUUGUUGGUUUGUGGUAUUAUUAUAUUGUUUUUAUAGUUGAUAGUGGUACGAAUGGAAGAAUAAAACGCUUGCAUUAUAUGCAUCUAUUAACACAAAUG